GAAAUUAUUAGUUAUGCACCAACCCUAAUCAGGAUGUAUUGGAGUAAACCCACAAAAAGUAUCAGCGAAAGAAAAUCUACAAGACGGACAAAAAUAAAACCAAAACCAAAACCAAAAAAUAAGGUUAAAAAUCCCAAUAAAGAAAAACAAAAUAUUGCAAAUUCACCUGAUGAUGUUUCUAAUGUUUCUAAUGGUGCAAUAAAUUCAACUCGAUUCUCUUAUGAUGUGUCAACAUGGACUCGUGAAGCAUCAGGAUCUCAAGUUAAUGAUCGUGCCGAUACCACUAAUAAUGAAGAUUGCUGGGAAAAUCUUGCAACAAUCGCAAAUGUUUUUCUCGAUUAUGCUACUAGUCAACUCUUGAUGCUG